ACCAACUUGAUCCACCCGUUUCGCAAACCAAGUGGACAAAGGUGUUUUGUGCUGUCUUUACGGAUGCGAUGGUGUAGGUGUUGCAAUUGCAUUUUUCCACACCCGAAUGCACCCGCCCUCGCCGGCAGAAGAAAGGAAGAGUGUUCCGAUCGACCGAACGAAGCCAAACCGAUGAUUACCGGGAGCUCGGUCGGAGAAGGUGAUCGGCACGAAAAAUGGAAGCAUUACUGGAAAUCGAACGAAAUGGUGGUGGAUGUAUAAAAAGUCCGCUCACCAUUAUGGGGCAGUUCAUUCCUUUACCUACUUCGUUUACAUUCAAUUCACUCCAUCCCUGUUUAAUUCGUCGAUCGUACAACAACAUGAGCCCUGUAAUGUUUUGUUCUUCGAUAGCGAUGGUUCUCCUUCUGCUACAAACUACUGUCCUUCAUGUGAACGGGAAAUACAUUUACCACGAUCAAGAAGAUGGUCUUCUCGAUGAACGAUACCUGGAAGCUUUGGAAGGUCUGAAAGAGGCCCAUGCAGGGGCACAAAUCCAUUCCAGCGUUUCCGAAAAAUCGAAAACCAUACCUGUGCCAGUGUUUCAAAAGGUUGGCGUUCCUGUACCACAUCCAGUCCCGGUGGCCGUACCGCACUACGUGAAGGUGUACAUUCCACAGCCCUAUCCGCUGCAGGUGAACGUAGAGCAACCGAUCAAGAUACCAAUCUACAAAGUGAUCCCGAAGGUGAUUGAAAAACCCGUCCCCUACACGGUCGAAAAGCCGUACCCGAUCGAGGUGGAGAAACCGUUUCCGGUGGAAGUGCUGAAGAAGAUUGAAGUUCCUGUACCGAAACCGUUCCCGGUGCCGGUAACCGUCUACAAGCAUAUUAUGCAGAACGAGAAAACUCACCGCAACUGGCAUUUUUAAAUUUGUGUGCGCUUGCUUUUAUUCGUUACGAUAAUGUAUUCGUUGGUUCACCGUUCGAACCAUGGAACAAAGUAUGAGCAACAUUUGCUUAAUGCACAACACGUAUUUAUGAUUGAAGAGCUUCAAUAAAGUUAUUAAGUUUUGUUUCAAUUGCUUCAUGUUUGUAUUACAAGUAACCGUCAAAUUGAAACUUUCGAAAUAUUUGAACAAACGCUUCGUAUGUUCGAAAACGCUUCAUAUUAGUGAC